AUGACCAACCAUCACCCAUUAACCUCGAUUCCUCGAGCACGACUCACACAAUCGUUACCACCAUUGCCUGAAGAAGAUACAAUACCUCUCGCACCGUACCAUGAUGAUCCAGCAGACGAUGAAAUUGCCGAGGUUACUGAAGGAAUUGAGGGAAACCAAGUUGAUAUGAGCGAACCUCCUGAAUACGAGCCAAUGCACGACUAUUUGGCCAGUAGAAUACAACGAUUAUCUCAAAUGCGGCCUCCUGAAUAUGAAUCAUCGUUGCAUGAUCAUACAAACAAUAUACCGCUUCAAUACCAAGAACCUUACCGAGAUGACCCCUUCAUUAUCACGAUAGAUUCAAAUCAACCUCCACCACCAUCCUACGAAGCUUUAUACAUACAAAGACAAACGGAGUUAGAAAUGCUGAACGACGAGGAUCUGGAGAUAGGCCAUGCUGAGGAUGUCUGCAAAUGGCUGGUAAGCAUGAUUCUUAUUACUUUGACAAUCAUUGCUGUCGGCUUUGCAUUCAAUUGGGGACACCCAUUUUAA